UGUAUUUGUCUGUCGUUUUCAUUCAAUAAUUUCUGAACGUGUUGUUUUUAGUAUAAUUUAUUUUUAAUAUAGCCUAAUUUGUGAAGUUAUUUUCACUAUGGCUGAUGACAGCAUGAACGGAAUACCAUCCGACCCAAGAACCCCUAUCAGCGACCCGGUCAGUCCAAGCAGCAGGGGAGCGCCUUUUGCAUCAAGUCCAGGAGGUGCAGAAGAUCUUCCACCAUUUCAAGAUGAGAGUGAAGCUGAUGCUUUAUUAGGGAACAUUGGCGAGGGGGAAGAAGAAACUGAAGGUGUUGAUUUAUUCGGUGAUAAUGUUGAACGAGAUUAUCGACCAAUACCAGAACUUGAUGUUUAUGACGCUCGGGGCAUGGAUGAUGAAGAUUACGAAGCCUUGUCACCUUCUGCCAGAGCUGAAGUUGAUAGAAUGCUUCAGAAACGUGAUAGAGAAGAAGCAUUUGGUAGAGGAAGAAUGAGGCCUGGGCUAUUGUAUGAUAGUGAUGAGGACACUGAUGAACGACCCAUCCAUAGGAGAAGAAUGGCGGAAAGGGCAGCAGACGGUGGAGAUGAUGAUGACAUGAUUGAGAGCAUUGAAAAUUUGGAAGAUACAAAAGGUCACACAGUGAAGGAAUGGGUGGUUAUGCAAGCGCCACGUUUGGAAAUAUUCAAUCGGUUCAAAAAUUUUCUUCGCACUACCGUCGAUGCCAAAGGGAAUCACAUAUUUAAGGAAAAAAUUAAACAAAUGGUGGAAGACAACAAAGAGAGUUUGAUUGUCGAUUAUAACUUGUUGGCGAGUGCACAGGAAGUUUUGGCUUUUUUCUUACCGGAAGCUCCUACAGAAAUGUUAGUCAUUUUUGACGAAGCUGCAAAAGAUGUUGUGCUUGCUAUGUACCCCAAAUAUGAGAAUAUUGCGAAGGAAAUUCAUGUCAGAAUCUCGGAACUCCCUUUGAUAGAAGAUAUCAGAUCACUUCGACAGCUGCAUCUCAAUCAACUCGUAAGGACAGGGGGAGUUGUUACCAGUUGUACGACCAUUUUGCCUCAAUUGCGUUUCAUCAAGUACGAUUGUAUGAAAUGUAAAUAUAUUCUUGGGCCAUAUUUUCAAGGUCAAUAUCAAGAAGUGAGACCUGGUACUUGCCCUGAAUGUCAAAGCAUUGGCCCUUUCGAAAUCAACAUGGAACAAACAGUUUAUCAAAACUACCAAAGAAUUACAGUGCAAGAAAGUCCAGGUAAAGUUUCAGCUGGUAGAUUGCCAAGAGCGAAAGAUGCAAUUUUGUUAGCUGAUUUGGUUGACACUUGUCACCCUGGAGAUGAAAUAGAACUAACUGGAGUUUACAGUAAUAAUUAUGAUGGUUCGCUUAACACAAAAAAUGGUUUUCCUGUGUUUUCAACAGUAAUCAUGGCCAAUUAUGUUGAAAAGAAAGACGAUAAAAUGGCUGUUUCUGCCCUUACUGAUGAUGACGUGAAAGCUAUAGUUGCUCUUUCGAAAGAUGAAAAAAUAGAGGAACGUGUCAUUCGUAGUAUAGCUCCUUCUAUUUAUGCGCAUGAUUACAUCAAGCAUGCUCUUGCAUUGGCAAUGUUUGGAGGUGUUGCCAAAAAUCCAGGAGGGAAGCAUAAGGUCAGAGGUGAUAUAAAUUGUCUUAUUUGUGGAGAUCCUGGCACAGCAAAAUCUCAGUUUCUGAAAUAUGUCGAAAAAACUGCCCAUCGUCCUGUUUUUACUACUGGUCAAGGUGCUUCUGCAGUAGGUUUAACAGCAUACGUCCAAAGACAUCCUGUGACACGUGAGUGGACUUUGGAAGCCGGUGCAUUGGUUCUUGCAGACAAAGGGGUUUGUUUAAUUGAUGAAUUUGAUAAAAUGAAUGAUGCAGAUAGGACCAGUAUCCAUGAAGCCAUGGAACAACAAAGUAUCUCCAUAUCAAAAGCAGGUAUCGUAACAUCGCUUCAGGCAAGAUGUAGUGUUAUUGCGGCUGCAAAUCCUAUUGGAGGCAGGUAUGAUUCUUCUCUAAUGUUUUCUGAUAACGUGGACUUGACAGAGCCUAUUCUUUCCCGUUUUGAUGUUUUAUGUGUCGUAAAGGACCAAGCUGAUCCUCUGAAAGAUGAAUUACUCGCUCGAUUUGUUGUUCGUAGUCAUCGUCGUCAUCACCCUACUGCCGAGGACGACGAUCAAGAACCGAUCCCGGAGGUCAAUUCCAGUAGUUUAGAAAAGAUUCCACAAGAUUUACUCCGCAAGUACAUUAUUUAUUCUAAGGAAAAAGUGGAACCCAAACUUCAUGCCAUGGAUCAGGAUAAAGUGGCAAGAAUGUACGCUGAUCUCCGAAGGGAAUCAAUGGCUACUGGAAGCAUCCCUAUAACAGUUCGUCAUGUUGAAUCUAUGAUUCGAUUGGCGGAAGCGAGGGCACGUAUGCAUCUCCGACAGCACGUGAAUGACGAGGAUGUGAAUUGCGCGAUUCGUAUCAUUCUCGAGAGUUUUGUCGAGACUCAAAAAUUCAGCAUCAUGAAGGGAAUGCGUAAAACGUUUUCACGUUAUCUCAAUUUUAAGAAAGAUAACAAUGAACUCCUGCUCUUCAUUCUUCGUCAGCUCAUUUCCGAUCAUUCUUCAUUCCUACGGAAUCGAUUCGGAGAAAUACAAGAUUAUGUCCAAAUCCAAGAAAAAGAGUUAUCAGAGAAAGCUCGAGCCAUUAACAUCUCAAACCUGUCAAGCUUUUAUGAAAGUGAAACAUUCCAGGCCAAUAGAUUUUCUUACGAUGCAAAGAGGAAGGUUAUCACGCAGAUGGUGUAAAUUAUCACUUUUCACUUUGUAAUGUUAUAGCCCGUGCGACCAAGAUUACAGAUCUGAGAAAACUAACAUUUCAUUGAAAGCUGCUCCUGUCUAAGAGAUGAACGACAUAAUUUUUUAGAUUUCGUAUACCUGAAAUGGAACAGUUUUAGGUACUGAAGAUUUUCCCAGUUCCAAAUUUGAUUCAACAAACUGCCGAUGUUCGAAUGGCUGAUGUUGCAGUUGCCACCAGUUAAUUUAUCUAUAUUUCUGGUACUGGUUCUCUCUCUACCCAUAUUCCCUUAUUCAUUUUACAUUUAUCAUGUUCAUGAAGCACUGCCACUGCUUCAUGGUUGCGGUUUCUUUCCACUGGGUAACAUUCGUUUCAAUAUAUGGGUAAUGUAGAUUUGUAGGAUGUUUCGAAAAAAGUUAUAAUCAUGAAUAUAGUUUCGAUUUGUUCCACAUUUUUGUAAAUGUCUGUACAAUAUAUGUUUGUUAUUUGUAAA